AUGGAAAUGAAUGGUCGUGAAUCAGAACCAGAGCGUUUAAAAUUUGCUCUUCCGGUGGAUUCUGAGAACAAAGCGACUGAGUUUCGAUUACUAUCGGUGGCAAAACCUCACAUGCGAGCCUUCCACCUCUCAUGGAUUUCCUUCUUCUCUUGCUUCGUUUCCACCUUUGCAGCACCACCUCUCCUCCCCAUCAUACGGGACAACCUCAACCUCACUACCACUGACAUAGGUAAUGCAGGGAUCGCUUCAGUCUCUGGUGCAGUCUUUGCAAGGCUUGUCAUGGGGACAGUGUUGGAAAAAAAUGGAUUUCACAAAGGCUCUUCGGCGCUCAUACUUUUAACUUCACCAGCAGUUUACUUCACAGCUGUUGCUUCUUCCCCUGUUUCCUUCCUCCUUGUCCGCUUCUUCACAGGCUUCUCACUUGCCACCUUUGUCUCAACCCAGUUCUGGAUGAGCAGCAUGUUCUCCGCAAAUGUCGUUGGAACGGCUAAUGGUGUUGCAGGUGGCUGGGGAAACCUCGGUGGUGGGGCCACCCAACUCAUUAUGCCACUUGUAUAUGAGUUGAUAAGGAAGAUCGGACCAUCUGAUUUCACUGCCUGGCGUGUUGCUUUCUUCAUCCCAGCGUUGUUCCAGACAUUAACAGCAUAUGCGGUUUUUCUCUUGGGUCAAGACCUGCCAGAUGGAAACUUUAGACGACUUGAGAAAUCUGGUGAGAAACCAAAAGAUAAGCUAUCGAAAGUUUUCUACCAUGGGAUCACUAAUUACAGGGGUUGGAUAUUGGCCUUGACUUAUGGGUACAGUUUCGGGGUAGAACUGACAGUAGACAACAUAGUAGCAGAGUACUUCUAUGAUAGAUUCAAUCUGAAGCUCCACACUGCUGGAACCAUUGCAGCAAGUUUUGGAUUAGCGAAUAUUGUGUCUCGUCCUGGUGGGGGUGUGUUGUCAGAUAUGAUGGCGAAGAGGUUUGGGAUGAGAGGUAGGCUCUGGAGCUUGUGGUUAGUUCAAACCUUAGGGGGAUUACUCUGCAUUCUUCUUGGGAGAGUAAAUUCACUAGGUGCAUCAGUCGCAGUGAUGCUGGUUUUUUCGUUUUUUGUCCAAGCUGCAUGUGGACUAACAUUUGGAGUAGUUCCUUUUGUCUCCAGAAGAUCACUAGGACUCAUAUCAGGAAUGACAGGAGCUGGUGGGAACGUUGGUGCAGUUAUUACUCAGCUAAUAUUUUUCAAAGGCUCUAGAUAUUCAAAAGAAACAGGAAUAACUCUGAUGGGUAUCAUGAUUAUAUGUUGCACACUCCCAUUAUUCUUGAUCUACUUCCCACAAUGGGGUGGAAUGUUAUUUGGUCCAUCAUCAAAAGAAAAGAAUACAGAAGAAGAAUACUACACAUCUGAAUGGAAUUCUAAUGAAAAGGAGAAAGGGUUACACCAUGGAUGCUUAAAAUUUGCAGACACUAGUAAAACCGAACGAGGUAGAAGAGUCGCUUCUGAACCAACACCCUCCAAAGGAACCUCAGACACUGAUGUUUGACAAC